AUGAUGGAACAGUCGACGAGCGUGCGCCCGGGCCCGAUGUCUCUGCUACGAAUAUGCUUACCUGAUGCCCUUUUUCACAACAGGAUCGUUGCCGUGGAGCUGGAGCUGCGCGCCAGUCUCCCAUCGAACGCUGUCGUUCCGCUUUCACAGACUUCGUUACGCCUCUCCUCGCCCGACGACGCGGAUGUGUUUUUUGUCGCUGAGCUGGCGGACGAUAUGAAGCGGCGCAUCCGGCAGAUGUUUGAUAGUCCACUGAUCCGGCCCUUGCGAAUCGAGUGUCGACAAGGUGGACCGGAAUUCCUAUACGUUGUUGACGAAAUUGGGCAUUUCUCGAUCCCUCUAGCCGUGCCAACACUUGCCGAGCAAGUUUUGCGAAUCCGCGAAAUGCUUGAAACCGAAAAGAGGAAAAGCGCAGGGUUGUCCCACGAGUUGUACCGGGUGCAGGAGCGGCUGGCGGACGAGAAUGGGCAACGUAUCCGAGCGGAAAACCUCUGCCAGACUCGCGACGAGGAGAUUCUGUUCUUGCGUGGUCUUCUGCGUGACCACACUCAGUCACACACUGAUCGCCACCCAGGUAAUCCGCUGGAUUGUUCGCGGCCCGAAGAUGGGAAAGAAGCGCCUCUAGGCGCUCCGAAUUGCUCCAGCGGACAGCAGCUAUGUUUGGGGAUCGACACUUCCGGACCAGCGCUGCCUCCCGCAACAUCCGACGUGCUGCCUUCAUUCAACCCUCUCGAUGGCGGCCAGUCCGACAAACAGAUUUUGAUAGGGAUCGCUCAACGGAUCAUUUGCUCGUUGUGCCCGGAAAACGUGCAACUGCCCGACCAGCAACAAAUGGAAAAGCAUUUCCUGCAAAACCACGUCGACCAGCACAACAAGAGCUGUCGCGCGUGCCCGUCUGAAGAGCAACUGCCCGAUCUGUCGCAGCAUAUUCGCCAACAUUCCAAUAAGAUUUACUCAUGUACGCGAUGCGGGAAACGAGGGCAACGGCAUCUGAUAAAGGCCCAUCUGCGCACGCAUACCGGGGAAAAGCCUUUCACGUGCGAGACAUGCAGCCGUAGUUUUGCCGAUGCCUCAACAUUGCGACGACAUCGCAUGAUACAUACAGGCGAAAAGAAGCACGAGUGCCCGAUUUGUGGGCGAUCGAUUGCGCGGAAGGACAACGUGAAAAUGUGCCGUAUGGAGAAGUACGUGCCGUUGAUCCGCCAUCUCGUCACCGAGAUGAGUUCACUGGCCGAACGAACGCGGGCCUUGCGGCGCCGUGUCGACGUGCUGGCGCGU